AUGAACAUAUCAGACAGUAUCUUAAGCAAUAAUAAUGAAAAAUUGGAGUGUAAGAAGACAGAUCUAGAGAACUUUUAAGAUAUGAUUUAAAGCCAGUCUUCCCUUUCUGCUUCAGCUAAGAUAGAAGAACUCAUGCAAAGAUACACAGAAGUUUACUUUAAAGAAAUUACUCCUGUACUAGUUUAGAAAAUGUUAGACUUAAUACUCCUUUUUCUUAAAAAAUUUUAAUACAAAAAAAUUCCUGUAGAUGCUUUUGUCAAAUAUAUGAUUUACAACAGCACCGCUAAAGUGAAAUUUAGAUCUCAAUGCUUAGAAAUUUUUAAAUAACUCUACAUGCUAGUGCCAUAUGAUUUACUUCAAGCUAUUGGUUUAAUAAUACUUUCAAAUUAGGUUUACUUUGCUCUAAGUGCUAUUGAUAUUGCUUAAUAUCUGUUGACCUUAAAAUAAUAUGGUCCUAUUAAGGUAAGAUUCGAAGAUUUUGCUGAAUCUUGUAUACUUGGUUUACUUUAAAACUUCUCUAGUACCAGAAAUAUGAAUUUCAAGAGAAGUUGUCUUGAUCUACUCUCAUAAUUGAUCAAAGAAAUAGGCUAAGAAUUUAUAAUUGCAAAAUUAGAAACGAUGGAUUAUAAAUCAUCUACUGAAAUAGUGUCAGAGCUAGUAAAAAAACAUAAAUUAUUAAUUGAAUAUUAGGACAAACAAAGCUAAAAUUAAAUUUAAAGUUAAAGCGAUGACUCAAAGUCUAAAAUCUCUUAAGAAUCUACACAGAUUUAAAACUCACCUAAAUAAUAACCAAAAAUUUCCAAAGAAUAACUCAAUACAGAUUUAACAAAAUAAAUUGUUUAAACUCAUGUUGAAAUAUUUGAAGUUCAAAAUAUGUCAAACGAAUAAUCAUAAUUAAAGGUCUAAGUUGAACAGUAGCUUUAAGUGAUUGAAUCUUUAUCUAAAAAGUAAGAAAAGCCAACUGGAAAACAAAAUUUGAUCUAGCACAAUAAGAGAAUGGCAGAAUUAGAUAAAAUCAAGAGCGAGCUUUAGUUCCUUUAAAAAGUUGUCUUUUAAGAUUACAAUUAAUUCUCCAAAAAAAGUUAUAAAGAAAAGUUUAUCUUAAUAAAAACUUUAUAUAAUAACUUAACAAACGGCACAAUAAAGCUAAAUGAAAUUUCUAUAGAUUCUUCAACAUUUAUAUAGUUCUUCUAAUUCUAAAAUACUAAUGGCCUUUCUUUAUCAAUUAAAAUCCUUAAAAUUUUUCUAAUGCUUUAUGAAAGCAAUAAGUCUAAGCUUAUCAAAAUGUAUUAAUCAUCUAUAAAAGAAAUUUUAAUGUUAGCAAUCAAAAAUCAAAGCAUUUCUAAAUCUGUACUCGAAUACUAAGUGCUAGCUUUAUUUUAGAUGGUUUAUGAGUUGAAAGUAUUUAACACUGAGCUCUUUUCAGCUAUUCUUUCUUCUCUUGAGCAAGAAAAUACCUUAAUUUAGCUUAAUGCUCUUAAAACUCUUUCUAAUUUUAUUAUGAGAAAUAAUGUUUAAAAUAACAGCUAAUUUGAUUAAAUUUUACAGUUAACCGGAGAAAAGGCUUCUAUUUCGAAAAAUCCUUAAAUUAGAUCUAUUUCCCUUCAAAUAUUAAUCUAAACAUAACAACAAAUUGGUGAUAAAGUUAAUUAGUACAUUGGAGACUUGAGAAUCUGUUAAUUAAGAUAAUUCAAAAAGGCAAUUCAAUCAAAUAUUCCAAGUUCGGAAUAACUUAAUUAAAAGGAAAAAUCAAAAUGUGAUGAAAUUGAGAUCAUGAUUUGCCAAGAAAAUAUUAAGAAAGAAGAUAGCUUGAUAAGUUUGAUUUAGAAUGAAAUUUAAUUCUACUCUAGGAAAGAUAAAAACGAAUUUUCGUUAAAUUACUUGAAAAUCUUUUCAACUCUCCUUUAAAAAUCAAACAAGAAUGUUGUAAGAAAUACUUUGAAACUGCUCCUUCAUACUCAUACAUUGUUUAAGCCAUCUUAAAUUUUGAAGCUAUUUGAUAUUGUUAUUAACAUAUCUCCUUCUAUCGACUUCUAACUUUACAGGAUAGUUUUAAUAUAAAUCAUUCAACAUUAAGGUUUUGCUAUGUUCUAUUCCAAAUUCAUAGAUAAUCUAACUCAAAAGAAGUAUACUGAAAGUCUUGUUUAUAUUUUAAGAUAUAUAAUUGGUUAUAUCUAGGAUACUAUGAUAUCAGAAAUAGUUGAAUUGGUAUCUAAAUUGGUGGAAGAAGAUAAUAUUCAACUAAAUAAUUUGAUAUAUCAUUUCCUGGCAUUGGCAUCAAUUUAAAUUGGAUAACACCAUGUUGAGGAAAUUAUAACUGAUAACUAUUUUAUGGCUGACCAUCUUUUGAAAAAAGUACAAAGAGAAAAAGAAAAAUGCUUAUAUUUAAUUAAAUUAGUGUAGUCUAAAAAAUAAAAUCAAAUUAAUAAUAAUCCUAAGUUCGUUUUAGUUUCAAAAGAAAUGAAUUUUGAUUCUAUUUCUGAUGUAUUAAAUCAAGAUACAGAUUAACAACUUUCAGACAUAAAUGAAUGCAAUAUAUUUGAUGAAAAUGAAGGAAGCAAAGAAGAAGAUUGUUAUAGCUUUAUUGGUAAUGAAGAAGAAGAAGAAGAUGAGAUUUGA